AUGGGGGAAGGCGCCAGUGGACACGGUGGCUGUGAUAGCAGUGGCGGCGGUGAUUGCUGUAACGCCGGUGGCGGGUCCGGCGGUGGCGGAUCCGGCGGUGGCGGUAAUGGAGGUAGUGGCGGUGGUGGCAUUUACGGUGGAGGAGGCAGCGUCUAUUACGGCGGCGGCUGCGUCGUCAUUUACGGAGUCGGCGAUGGCAGCAGUUACGACGGUGGCCGUGGCAGUGAUUACGUUGGCAGCUGGGGCUACGGUAGUUACUACUUAGGGAACAAGGAGGUUGACGGGAGCAGCAAGAGACCGUACAUGCGGGUGUUAGGGCUCGUUCUUGUCUCAAUCAUCACAGCGUUCUGGGUCACGGUUCUCAUCACGUUCAUAAUUUCACGAUGAAUGAAGCUGGUUGAUUCAUUUGUUUUGGUCCCAACUGUGAGGCAAAUUUCGAAUAAAUGAAUCGCUAGAAGGAAACAGUGAUGGAAGUCAGGGCGACUAAUUAAGGAGCUAGGCUAAUAAUAAAAUAAUUUGCAUAAGAAUAUAAACGAGGAGAAUAAACUCGUUACACAGAUACAAAUUUUAUUAUUUUGAUAGUAUUUAAUUUAAUAAUGACCAUUAAUCCCAGGCGUGUCUAUAUAUAUAAGUUUCAAAAAAUAGGAGGGACUAUGCCCCUGCUGGUUUUGCGGUUAAAUAACGGGAAGCCCCAUAUAUGAUUUAUAGCCAUAUUCAAGUUAAUAACAACUAGUUGUAUGUGUUUAUUUAUUAAAAUUUAUAUUAAGCCCACAUUAUAUUAAAUUUGUCGGAUUAAAAUAUGCAAGUUAAAAUAAAUUGAUCUUAAAAGUGCUUUGUUAACUUUUGUAGGGGAAAGUUUAGCUCUCUCGACUGAGCCCGCAAAACACUAUGUAUUACUGCUCGAAUUUAUACUCAUUAUAUAGUAUUUUAUAUAAAUGGUGUUUUACGCUGCUCGAAAACAUUCAGCGUUUCAUGUUCCUCUGGUGGAGUGUACGGUCAUGCCAGCAGAAGAAAAUACGAAAUUCUUCAAGUCAUUGCUGUAGUUCGCUUUGGGCGGUCGAACUUGCACAAGCAUUAAAUUCCCCACGGAUUUUUUUCACUUCAAUGAGCAGUAUUCCACCUGACAAAUUUCAAAUUAGCGUAAUCACUAAAACGAGGCUGAGUAUUACUUGAAAUAAAAUUAUACAUAACAAGUUGAGCCCAGUGCCCCGAAUGGAUACAUCAAAUAUUAUUAUCCCUGCCGUAUGACGCCCUCGGGAUGGGGCUGAACCAUGCAUAAAACAGCGUACGGAAGUUGAGUUGUUGUAACUUGGCUUUGCCUUGCUACUCCAUAUCUCAUGGACCUAUAAUGCGCAAACGACAGAUGUACUCAGACGUUGAAGAGGUGUCAAGGUUGUUUGCUGAUGCUGAAUGAUAAAACGUCCAAGUACUCACACAUUAGGGAGAGGCUGGAUCAGGAAACAGGUGUGAGUCGAGUUUACAGUUCUCGAGUUCAGAGCUGAUGUUGAACUGAACUUAGGAGAAAAUUUAUGUGACCAGGUAAACACUGAACAUGGACUAUUUCUUUAGUAGCUUAAUUCAAUAAAUUUGGAUUUAGAUUAAAUAUAUUUAGAUGUACACUCAAUAACAACAGACUAAAAAAAUCAAUAGAAUUGAACGCUUCAAACUGUUAGGUCAUUGCCGGGUUUCUGAAUAGUAAUAAACUAUCGUUAUGUUAGCAUAUUGAUUUAUAAUACAUGGAAAUUUUAAUUAAUAUAUCAAUAUAUUUCUACUAUAACUGUGUACCUUGAGCUUCUUUCUAGCAAGUGGGUCGUAAGUACUUCGCUCCGACUGCAAAAAAGUCAUGCAAUAUACGUUCUAUAUUAAUAGAGUUAUUUUAUCCGAAAAGAAUGCUGUGAAUGGAAUUCCGAAUUAUACCAAUACGAAUGAAUGCAGGAGUAGAUGCACUGCCAUUCGCGUUGAUGAAUAGAUCA